AUGUCGGCAACUCUAUCUCUGCUUCAAUACGUCUCUUCUUCAUCAAGAAGAGCCCACUCCCCGGCCUCGAGCCCCCCGCCGCCGCCAUCAUACGACGAGGCUCACCCGAAGAAGAGCCUCAAGUCACUACUCUCCAUGCGUAAACGACCAGAAGAAGAGGGUCCUCUACCAAUCUACGUGCCUUCGUAUCCGGGCCUCAAGAGCAUUCUCAAGACUGAAUCCGCAUAUCCGAGAACCCCAGGAUAUGCCUAUUCAGAUUCGGAAUCCAGUCCCCCGCCAUAUCAAUACUAUUCUUAA